GUUCCUGAUGUAGGCUACUAUAAAUUCCCUUCCAUCGUUCGCUUUCGUUCUGUUACUCCAUUUGGGUUUCUGUGUGCCGCCCUUGUGCAUCAACAUGACGAUGACUCCUGAUCUGUUGAGCCUCGCUUUGCUGUUUUCACUCAGCGUGAGUCUCGCGGUGGGCAGGGCUGUCAGCGCGGACAUGGAGAAGGUUGAAGCCCUCUCGGGUUGGAACUGUACUCUAAAGUGCAGCGCUACAUACAAGCCCGGAGUCCACUACUCUGCAAUCAGCUGGUACAAGCUCAGGGAGAAUUCGGGUCGUCCUCGCAGUGGCCUUUUGCGUAGUGACCUGAAUGGCACGACUCUUAGGUACUCAGGCGUGGACAGAGAGAUGGAACUGCUGGAGGAUUCCCACGACAUCUUCCUGCCUAAUGUGACCUGCAAGGACAGCGGCGUGUACUUGUGUCACCUGGCUGCACCUGUAGGAGAACAGAACCAGGAGGGGCGGGUUCUUCUCACUUUAACAGAUUGUCCAGCUCACCCCACAGAUCUUCCCAUUGAAGCCAAAGAUAAUCUUAUUGACCUCCAUGAUUUUCCAGUUGACUCCACAAAAGAUCAGAGCAGAGAUAUUGAGUUGGUUGUCACUGCUGCAGCAAUUUUAAUGGUGGCACUCAUCAUAGGCAUCAUUAGCUAUACAUGCACAAAGAACACUUUCAAAGAGAGCAAACAACAACAACAUACAACAAAAAAAGAAAUUUUAUUGGAUGCCCCACUCAAGCCGCUUGAGAAGAAGGACUUGAAGUUGAUCUACACUUUGGGUCCAAAAACAAACACUGUGAAGCAGGUCAUUGUUUGAAGACAGUCUCAUGAGGAAAACAAAGUAUCCUGCUGCCAAGAGAGUCCCUACUCAGUGGUCUGAAGAGUGGGGUUCGGGACAUGGAGCUGGCCUGGCUGGCUACUCGGUCUGGGGCUUCCCUUGACACGAGGUUGAAGGUGCUUCUGGGAAAGACUGGAAGCUCAUGAGAGUGAGCUUGUACUACUUGGAUAACUUACAUUGCGUGUAACUAUGAACUGAAAAUCACUUGGUCUGACUGCUUCUGCACUGCACUGAAUAUUUUGUCAAAGUUCUCACAGCACUUUAUUGCUUUUGUUUGUAUCAGUAGCUAAGGCUUGCUUUGGAAAACUGAAUAGGUAACAAAAGAUGAGGGCAUCCAUAUGCAUGACCUGCUGCAUGGUCUAAAUGAAGAUGUUUAAGUGGUGUAAUUAUAAUCCUGUGGGCUUAGAAUGGGUGGGUUUUACUGAUGAAGUAGAAGUUGUGUUAUCAGAAUAAUAUUUUAACUCAGCUUAGUUUUUAGACACCCUGUGAUGGACUGGCAGCCUGUCCAGUGUGUACUCUUGCCCUCGCCUAGCAGCCACUAGGACGGGCUCCAGUGCCCUGCAUUGGAACAAGCAGGUAUAGACAACAGAUGGAUAUUUUUAGGUGUUUUAUGUUUUCAAGUUCAGCAUUUCCUUUUUAAAAAAUUUCUUUUCCCCUUUUUAGAGGGAAUUUAAAGAGACCAAAUCCCUAAGCUGGUCCACACACUUUGAAAUGUGGCUCCUAAUUCAUUUAUCUAAUGUGUUGAAGAAAGCCUGUGAAAACACAUGAGUGCAAAGACCUCGAUUGCCCUUUGAAAAUAGGAACUGAGAGAUGAUGACUUGUUCAUACGCCUCUGCUCAGGUUACUUUUCUAACCUUCAUUUGAAUGUGGGAAAGUUACGGGGCUGGGUUUGUACGGUCUGGGCUUUUUUUUUUACACUGAGCACUUCUCUUUUUAAAAUGAUGACCACAUUUUAUGUCACAUGCUUUGAAGUUUGAAGUUACUAAGCAAUGUGAACAUGUCCAGCUUUUAAUUUGACCAUUUCUUGCUAUAAGGGUGAAAAAAUAAAUCAUCUAUAUGUAAAGUACUAAUAGAGGAGGAAGUUAUAAGUGUAAUUUAAGAGCUAAGUAUCGCUGUGGCUGCCAUUCUAUGAAACCAAGCAGGAAAAGGAAGUCUUAUUUGAAUGCUUAAUCAGAAAUGUUUCUGAAGGUGUGUUCAUGUACUCUGCUUUCUUCACUUGGAACACACUUUAAAAAGAAAUUAAGCUCUUUUUAAAAAAUUUUUAGCCUCCAUUAGUUUAAAACUCCUGUCGCAGACAUGUUGAUGGGAGUUUUUUGCUGCAUGAUAUGCUUUAAAUUCAUGAAUAGUGUUUGUUGUAAUAUUAUUUUAAUGUCUUAAUGUGUGUUUUAAUGUUGUUAGAUAUUAAUAUGUUGUCCUGUAUAACCUAUUGCUGCCAUGUUGGCCAGGCCUUGCUCACAAGAGGUCAUUUGAGUACAAAAGUAAACAAAUGUUAAAUAAAAUAAGCUAGCAAUAAAAUAUAGCCUCUUAUUAGUUUUGGUGCCAUUCUAAAACUUACAAACAACUCAAAAUGUGAAAAUUUUUAGAAAACUAACCUCCAGUCAUCUGUCAGAGUUUAUUUUUUGUUGUGUGUAUUUGAUGUGCAUAAUAAAUCUUACAAAUAAAUUAUAUUUGUUAAAAGUUUUAUGUAACUGUGUGUAAUGCAACUUAAUAAAUAAAUGACCACCUUUAA